AGCCCGUCGCUGCAGGCAGAGGCAAGAGCAUGCAUUCCCAUCACGACGCUGAAGGAGCGCGCCAGCAGCCGAGAGGAUGUGGCCGAGCGGUCUGUUUCCUUUUCUGCUCCACCUGUGGCCUCGCCCGGGUUCUCCAAAGCUCAUUUCACUCACAUUGUUUGGAACGCUCCAAGGUCGGAACGUGAUCGGCUGCUGCUUGAGCUGCUUGCUUGGUUCAAGAACGAAUUCUUCACCUGGGUCAAUGCUUUGCCUUGCGCCAAUUGCAACGGCGAGACGCACGUCGAAGGGGGGGUAGCACCCACGGAUGAUGAUUUACGCUGGGGCGCACAUCGCGUCGAGCUUCAUCGAUGCAAGACGUGCGGGUUUGCCAACCGCUUCCCGCGCUAUAACCAUCCGGGCAAACUGCUGCAAUCUCGCCGUGGUCGUUGCGGAGAAUGGGCCAACUGUUUCGUCCUAUGUGCUCGUGCGCUGAGUUUUGAAACGCGUUACAUUUUCGAUUACACGGACCACGUCUGGGCGGAGGUGUACAGCGACGCACAAGGUCGUUGGCUUCAUUGUGAUCCAUGCGAGAAUGCAUGUGAUACGCCGCGCAUGUACGAGACGGGCUGGGGUAAGAACCGCAAGCUGGGCUGCUGCUUAACUCAAGACAUCAGAGCAUUUGGUUGA